AUGCCUUCCGAUUUGCUCGCGGCAAACCGCUUGAUUCAGUCGUACGGCAAGGCUGGCGACGUCGUGCGCGCGCGGAGUGUCUUCUCUGCACUCGGAGAGAAGAGGAACUUGUAUUCGUGGGUUUUGCUCCUCACGGCUUAUGCCCAGAAUGGGCAUCUGGAGGAGGCGAAGCGGUUAUUUGAUGGAAUGCCCCAGCACAGCACGGUGGCUUACCGCGCACUUCUUGCAUUCUUUGCAAAAGCGAAUAGAAUGCACGAAGCACAAUAUUUGUUUCACAAUAUGCCAGAAUGGGAUCUGGUUUCUUGGAAUACUCUUCUUUUGGCAUAUGCCCAAGAUGGGCAAGUUGAAAGAGCAAAAGCACUUCUUAGUUUAAUGAAGGAGAGAGACUUGGUCACCCUAUCCACAAUACUAAAGGCGUUUUGUCAAGAUUUUGAUCUAGUUUCAGCUGAACAAUUGUUCCUAAACAUGCCAGAGAGAGAUAUUAUUGUGUGGAGCUCCAUGCUUACAGCGUAUGCCCAAAGUGGGCGUUUUGCAAAAUCUAGGCAUGUGUUUUACUGCUCCAUGCACGAGUGGAAUCUUGCCUGUUGCAACGCAAUGCUGUCUGCUUAUGGUUCAGACGCAAGAGAAAAUCUCGAGGAGGCCAAAGAUUUGUUUUUUCGGGGUAUGAAAGAGCACAAUCUUGUGUCUUGCAAUUCGAUGCUAGCGAUUUACUCCCUGUGCGGGCAUGCUGAGGAGGCCCGGAUCCUCUACGAAAAAAUGCCCGAAAGGAGCAUCGUCUCUAGCACCACACUGCUUGCUGCGUUAGUUUCUAGAGGUCAAGUGGAUGAGGCAAUGGAACUGUUUAGUAGAAUGAAGGAUUUGGAUCUGGUUUGCUCGACCGUGAUGCUCUCCGGUCUCUCUCGGAAUGGAAAUCUAGUAGAAUUAAGGCGCCUCUUCCAAGCUAUGGAACAACACGACAUUAUCUCCACGAAUGUUCUUCUUGAUGCUUAUGCCCAAACUGGAAAAGUCGAGGAACUCGUUUGUGUCUUUAACCAAAUGCCAGAAUGGAACAUUGUUUCCUUUAAUACCAUGCUUCACGCGCUUUUGGUCUGCCAUAGAACAGAUGAACUUAAAAUACUAUUUGAUUCAAUGCAAGAAAACGAUCUAGUCUCGUGUAACAUCAUGGUUUCUGCAUAUGCUCAAGCAGGGCAUAUGCACAUCGCGGAGCAAGUGUUCCAUGGAAUGAGGCAGCGAGAUAUCAUAUCAUGGAACACUAUGCUAUCUGGAUACGUUCUUAAUGGGUUACCUGGAAAGGCACAAAGGCUCUUUGCUCAAAUGCCUGAGACAAAUGUGGCAUCUUGGAAUUCAUUGCUGAAUGGAAGUAAGGGCUUAAGAGCUGUAAGACUUUUAAAUGAGUUGAGCUUGGUUGAAAUGCCUGAUGAGAUAUCUUUUGUUUCUAUUUUGCUUGUGUGCAAUCACUUAGGAAAUGUAAUGGAUGCUUGCUCUAAUUUUUGUUCUGUUACCAAUGACUAUGGUCUAAAGAGAAUAAUACGACAUUACAGUUGCAUGGUUGACGUUCUUGGCAGAGCAGGGUAUUUGGACCUUGCAGAGUAUCUAAUUGAUGUAAUGCCAUUUGUUCCAGAACCAUGGAUUAAAGUUUAA